UUCUUUCUCUCGUCUGGCUGGGCGUUCUUCAAAGAUUAGCGUCUCUGUGCCUCUCCUUUGUUGACGGAUCGUAUCUUUGAUCUGCGUAAGCGACUUGGGGCAGGCCUUUCCUUUGCGAGUAUCAACAUCGUCCUAGACUGGUCCGCGUUUAGUUCUUCUGUCGGUAUUGAAAUUGCUUGUGUUGCUGAUGUUCUGAAUUACUCUCUAUUUCAGCAUUGUAUCCUUAGGAUAACACUUUUCCCAUCAACUUAUCAUCUUUUCUGACUGAUUUCUCCUUGAUCUCGUUCUACCAAAUUGAGAGUUGGCUUAUAAAAUAUAUUCGAACAACACUAUUGCUAGUAUAGAUAUACCCCAUUCAAAAAGGGAUGUCAAGAUCUAUUGCAGAUUCACGAAGCAACAGAGCUGCGGUUCAAGCAACUAAUGACGAUGCUUCUGCGAGCAAACUGUCUUGUGUAAAAAAGGGAUACAUGAAAGAUGAAUAUGUCCAUUUGUUUGUGAAAAGACCUGUGAGGAGAUCUCCUAUAAUUAACCGUGGUUACUUUGCUCGUUGGGCUGCUUUACGUGGACUUCUUUAUCAAUUUCUUGAUUUUGAUAACAGUAUGGGUGGAAAAGGCCCCAUUAAGAAGCAAAUAUUAUCAUUAGGAGCUGGCUUUGAUACAACCUUUUUUCAGCUGCAGGAUGAAGGGAAAAUGCCAUAUUUGUAUGUGGAAGUUGAUUUUAAAGAGGUUACCAGCAAGAAGGCAGCGCUUAUUGAAUCUUGCAUUCAGUUGAGGGACAAAAUUGGUGAAAGUGCAACCAUUUGUCAAGAGAAAGGAGAAGUAAUUGGAGAUCAUUACAAAUUACUCCCUGUAGAUUUACGUGAUAUUCAGAAAUUAGAUCAAGUUAUCGAUAUGGCUCAAAUGGAUCGCUCCUUGCCAACAUUUAUAAUUGCAGAGUGCGUUUUGAUAUACUUGGAACCAGAUGCAAGCACUGCUCUAGCGGAUUGGGCUUCUAAAAAAUUUUCCACUGCCAUAUUUUUCUUGUAUGAACAGAUCCAUCCAGAUGAUGCAUUUGGACAGCAAAUGAUGAGAAAUUUGGAGAGCCGAGGCUGUGCACUCCUUGGUAUUUAUGCUACACCAACUUUACAUGCAAAGGAGAAAAUGUUUUUGGAUCAAGGAUGGCAGAGGGCUGUUGCUUGGGACAUGUUGAAAGUUUACAGUACCUUUAUUGAUGCGAAGGAGAAAAGGAGGAUUGAAAGGCUGGAAUUAUUUGACGAAUUUGAAGAGUGGCACAUGAUGCAGGAGCAUUACUGCGUGGCUUAUGCAAUUAAUGAUGCCAUGGGUUUAUUUCAAGAUUUUGGUUUCCCUCUAGAUCAUCCCGCCCAAUUGUCUGGCUCAACAACCGCCGCAGAAUCCCAUGAGAAAAUCGCUUCAUAGUGAAUCUAAAGUUAGAAUAUGAUUUAUUUUACACAUGCUUUUAUUUGGUAAAAGAAGGAUAAGUGAACUUGAUCCCUAAAAUAUCAUCAUUAAGCUUAUGAAAGAGUUGUUACAAUUACAUUCUGGAAUGUCGUUAAAAUUGUUUUUUUCCGUUUGA